GUUCGCUAAAACAGAUAAUGAAAAACAAAAUGUACAUAGAUUCAUAAAUUACCAACCGUAUUUUGCAGAAAAGAAACCUAAAAGUCCGGUCAGUCAAGAAAAUGCUUCGAAACGGAACUUAGAAUUCUGA